GGACCUUGCUUCGCCGCCGCCGCCGCCGCCGCCGCCGCCGCCGCCGCCGCCGCGUCCACCUCCCGUCCCGCCGCCGCAGCUCCCAGCGCCAGCGCCGCCGCCGCGUCCACCAUCAGCACCAGCGCCAUGCGGGAAAUCGUGCACCUGCAGGCCGGCCAGUGCGGCAACCAGAUCGGAGCCAAGUUUUGGGAGGUGAUCAGUGAUGAGCACGGCAUCGACCCCACCGGCACAUACCACGGAGACAGUGACCUGCAGCUGGAGAGAAUCAACGUGUACUACAAUGAGGCCACAGGAGGAAAUUAUGUUCCCAGAGCCGUGCUGGUGGACCUGGAGCCGGGCACCAUGGACUCUGUCCGCUCUGGCCCCUUCGGCCAGAUCUUCCGGCCCGACAACUUUGUUUUUGGCCAGUCGGGAGCCGGCAACAACUGGGCCAAGGGCCAUUACACGGAGGGCGCCGAGCUGGUGGACGCCGUCCUGGACGUGGUGCGCAAGGAGGCCGAGAGUUGUGACUGCCUGCAGGGCUUCCAGCUGACCCACUCGCUGGGCGGGGGCACGGGGUCCGGGAUGGGCACCCUCCUCAUCAGCAAGAUCCGCGAGGAGUUCCCCGACCGGAUCAUGAACACCUUCAGCGUGGUGCCGUCGCCCAAGGUGUCGGACACGGUGGUGGAGCCCUACAACGCCACGCUGUCGGUGCACCAGCUGGUGGAGAACACGGACGAGACGUACUGCAUCGACAACGAGGCCCUGUACGACAUCUGCUUCCGCACCCUGAAGCUGACCACGCCCACCUACGGCGACCUCAACCACCUGGUGUCGGCCACCAUGAGCGGCGUCACCACCUGCCUGCGCUUCCCGGGCCAGCUGAACGCCGACCUGCGCAAGCUGGCCGUGAACAUGGUGCCCUUCCCGCGCCUGCACUUCUUCAUGCCGGGCUUCGCGCCGCUCACCAGCCGCGGCAGCCAGCAGUACCGCGCGCUCACGGUGCCCGAGCUCACGCAGCAGAUGUUCGACGCCAAGAACAUGAUGGCCGCGUGCGACCCGCGCCACGGCCGCUACCUGACGGUGGCCGCCGUGUUCCGCGGCCGCAUGUCCAUGAAGGAGGUGGACGAGCAGAUGCUGAGCGUGCAGAGCAAGAACAGCAGCUACUUCGUCGAGUGGAUCCCCAACAACGUCAAGACCGCCGUGUGCGACAUCCCGCCGCGCGGCCUCAAGAUGGCCGCCACCUUCAUCGGCAACAGCACGGCCAUCCAGGAGCUGUUCAAGCGCAUCUCGGAGCAGUUCACGGCCAUGUUCCGGCGCAAGGCCUUCCUGCACUGGUACACGGGCGAGGGCAUGGACGAGAUGGAGUUCACCGAGGCCGAGAGCAACAUGAACGACCUGGUGUCCGAGUACCAGCAGUACCAGGACGCCACGGCCGAGGAGGGCGAGUUCGAGGAGGAGGCGGAGGAGGAGGUGGCCUAGGCCCCGCCCCCGCCCGCCGGCCUCGCCCCGCCUCUGGGCCCGCCCCUCC